AUUUCAAAAACUACAGUAGAAAAUUUAAAGGACUUUAUUUAAAUUUAUAAGACUACUUUCCGUUAUAGUGAAUGUGGAUCAUAGAAGAUGUGCUUGAUUUGCUUGUCUGUCUCUAUAAAACUCCAUCGGAAGCAUUUGAAUUGGAAAUGAUUCAGCACAUGAACUUUGUAUCCACAAUACCAGUAAUUGAGGAUGGCGCAUCAGGCAUGGAAUUACCUCAACUGAACACCACCACUGAUGUUGUGAUAAAGGAUGAAUUGUCUGAGCUCAAUCGUAACAAUGAUGUUGUAAUGCAGCAGGCCUUGUCUCAGCGCAAUCCCACCAAUUAUGUUGGUACACAGGAUGGACAACAGACUGUUAACGCCAGCAUAAGGUUUGCAGCCAUGAUGAUGAAUCGUCAUCUUAUUAACAACAUGAAGCAAAAAAUUCAAAAUGAAUCCAUCAAAAAAGACUCAAUGCAAAAUUUAUCUUGAAUAUAUUUUAGUUAAAGAAAUUUUGAAAAAAUUUAUUUUUAGUGUUGACUUACAUAAAUUUUUUCACAUUGAAAGUAUAAAUGAAAUAAC